AUGGUUCUGGAGCCAUUUACGGUCUCACGCGACAGAUUGACCGGACCUAGGGAUAGCACCGUCCUCAUCACGGGAGGUAGCAGCGGCAUUGGUCUACAGACAGCAAUUCUGCUACACGACCUCGGCAACAAUGUCAUCGUGCUGGAUCGCACCCAACCUCAUCCUUCUGCACCCAAGUCGCUGAUCUCAUCGCCUCGAUUCUUGUAUCGACAGUGCGACAUUAGCUCGUGGAAAUCGCAGAGAGCAGCGUUCGAGGCCGGAUUCCAGAAAUUUGGCUCCAUCGAUGGAGUCUUUGUCAACGCGGGCAUUGCCGAAUACAAAGACCAGUUUUUCGGGGACGAAUUGGACCAGGAUGGGUUGCUCAAGGAGCCUGAUCGACGGACGUUAGAUAUCGAUCUGCAUGCGGCCAACGACACAACAAAACUGGCCAUCUACUACAUGAAGAAGCGGCCCGACAGAAACAAGGGGGGCGCCAUUGUCAUGACUGCAAGCCUUGCAGGGUAUUUGGCCAGCACCGGAGCUCCUCUAUACAGCGCAGCCAAACACGGCAUUGUGGGAUUGAUGCGGGCACUGAAAAACGACACGGCCAAACUAGGAAUCGGGGUUUCAGUUGUGGCGCCAGGCAUCACCUUGACGGACAUAGUCUCGGGUCGAAAACCUGGAGAAUCUUUGUCGGAGUGGGCGAAGAGGAUGCGGGGACAGGGAGUCCCAAUCAACGACCCCUCAGAGAUAGCAGAUUUCGUGGUGUAUCUUAUGAGCUUGGGCAUUGAGGCCAAUGGCAAAGGGCUGCUGAUCCAGGCCGGUCGGGCAGUCGACGUGGAACAUGGCAUCGCGACCUCGAGAAAGAUAUGGAUGGGAGACGAAAUGUUGGGACUGUUCCGAGGAGGCCGAAAUGCCCCUUUGUUUCCCAAUCGACUGUAG